GGGGGUCUCUCAUGGAUGUAUAAUGCAAACAUGCCACAUAUAUAUAGUAUCUUUAUGUUCAGGAGUUGUAUUGUUAAAACAGAAGAAAAACUUGCAAUUCUGUUCUACUUAAUAAGGAUAGGCAUUUGGGAUUCACUUUUAUGGAUUGAUUAUGAUACCAGCGACAGGAUCUAAGUAGCAUCUUCUCAAAUAUUAUACAGCCCUGGUAGAAAACCAAAAGCAAUAAACUGAAGACUUCAUAAACUACAGGAACACCAGACAGGAAAACAGUGAGGUGAUUUUGUUGCCACUGGUUGUCAUGAUGCAUUAGACUCAUAAGAACAUUAUUUACACCCUGGUAUCUCAAGAGAAAAUUUGCAUAAAUUCAGAUUUUAAAGUUCAGCAAAUAAAAUACCAAGACAGAUUGAUCUGACAAAUUUGGUCAUCUACUCACCAUGUCUACUUUCGAUAAUACUACACAAAAUAUGACAACAGCCAGACCUAAUUCUUCGAACACCGCUGUAACAUAUUCAAUUGUUGCAUGCUUUGCUGUGAUACUGUGUAUAUUUGGGCUGCUAGGGAAUGCAAUUGUCUCCUGGAUUCUUGUAUUUAAGAUAAAGAGAACCAAAUACACAGUGUACAUUCUUAAUCUCGCCCUUGCUGACUUUCUCUAUUUAUUCUUUGUUGCCAUUGUAAUGCUUCUAAUGGUCGAUCAAAUGCUAAAUUUCAGAACGCAAACUAAGAUGACACUUACAGCCUUAGAAAUCAUGUAUGACUUUGGAUACUUGUCCGGCAUGUUUUUUCUGACAGCCAUAAGUGUUGAGAGGUGCCUCUCUGUUCUCUUUCCAAUAUGGUAUAAAUGUCACAGGCCAAAGCGCUUGUCAACCAUAACUUGUAUAGGCAUAUGGCUCUUAGGUAUCCUUUUAUCGCUUAUUGAUAACUUAGUCUGUCCUUCAGCAUCCUUCAUGAAGGGUACACAAGAAUGUACAUCAGUACAGAUUUUCACUUCCUUUUUGACAUUUGCAUUGGUUAUUCCUUUGAUGCUUAUGUCUAGUUUCACAUUAAUCUACGUGAUCAAAACCACAUCAAAAAAAUGCCGACCCCCAAAGAUCUACAUAGCUAUCAUAAUUACAGUUCUGGUUUUCUUGAUUUCUGUUGUACCUAUCAGACUAUUGUGGAUUUUGCUUUAUUUUAAGGUGUUAGCAUCUAAUGUAUACUAUGUGGCCUUAUUCUUUUCCAGCACAUACUGUACUGUGUUUAACAGCAUGGCUAACCCUUUCAUUUACUUCUUUGUGGGCAGACAAAGAAAAAGGAAGUUUUGGGGUUCCAUCAAUGAAGCUCUCAGUAGAGUGUUUAAGGAUGACGAUACUGAAUGUUCUAAUGGAUCAUAUGGAAGUACCACUGUUACAAACUUGGGCUAGAGGGUAGCAAAGAGGCAUAAUGUUUCUGUAUUUGGACUU